AUGCGUGCAAGUUCCAUUGAUAUUCAUCCGAAUGCAAAAUGGGCACAGAAUGGUAUCCCUGUUGCUGGAGGAAAUGGAAAAGGCAGUAAAACCAAUCAACUCGAUCGGCCAUGGGGUUUGUACGUCGAUGAUGAUCAAACGAUUUAUGUCGUUGAUGAGUGGAAUCAUCGUAUUGUGGAAUGGAAAUAUGGUGCAACGAAUGGAAAAGUAGUUGCUGGUGGAAAUGGAGAAGGAAAUGGAGCUCAUCAGUUAAGUUUCCCAUAUGAUGUGAUUAUCGACAAAGAGAGCGAUAGUCUCAUCAUCAGCGAUUACGGGAAUAGAAGAGUAGUUCGAUGGCCUCGUCGAAAUGGUACUCGUGGAGAAACAAUUAUUUCAAAUAUCGCUUGCUGGGGUUUGACAAUGGACGACAAUGGUUCUCUCUAUGUCGUUGACAAUGAAAAAUAUGAAGUGAGACGAAAUAAAAUUGGUGACACUAAAGCGACAGUAGUUGCAGGUGGUAAUGGAAAAGGAAAUCGUCUCGAUCAACUCUCUUCUCCCCGAUGCGUAUUUGUCGAUCGAGAUCAUUCAGUUUAUGUAUCUGAUAAUGGAAAUCAUCGUGUAAUGAAAUGGGAAGAAGGUGCAAAACAAGGCAUUGUCGUAGCCGGUGGUCAAGAAGGAAGUAGUCUUACACAAUUGUGGAAUCCCAAUGGAGUCGUUGUCGAUCAAUUGGGUACUGUCUAUGUGGCUGAUUGUGGGAAUAAUCUAAUUAUGCGUUGGCCAAAAGGAUCCACACAAGGAAGUGUCAUUGUUGGUGGAAACGGUAAAGGAUCACAGUCGAAUCAACUCUAUCGUCCCGUUUGUUUAUCAUUCGAUCGACAUGGCAAUCUCUAUGUCGCCGAAUGGGGAAAUAAUCGAGUACAAAAAUUUAAUAUCGAAACAAAUUCAAUGCGAUGA